CACUCAGCAUCAAGACAGGAUGGAACUCACACCACUCUGCUGGCAGCUCUUGCUGUUGAGUACACUGGUAUACUGUAGCCUCGGUCAAGGUGGAGCCUCUCUGAGUGUCAGUUCUGACAGAUCUCAAUUCUUUGAAUUUGAGUCUGUCUCUCUGGGCUGUGAGGUUCAGGGGAACUCUGCUGGAUGGAGAGUGGUGAGGAACACAGAGAGAGGAACACUUUCAGAGUGUAAUAUUGACUGGGGAAAACAACAAGGGUCUUCAUGCAUUGUGUCACUAAUACCAUCAGACAGUGGAGUGUACUGGUGUGAGUCUGGGUCUGGAGAACACAGCAAUGCUGUCAACAUCACAGUACCUGCUGGAGCUGUGAUCCUGGAGAGCCCUGUCCGUCCUGUGACUGAGGGAUAUUCUGUGACUCUGCGCUGCAGACAUCAGGGAACUCCCUCUGACCUCACAGCUGAUUUCUACAAAGAUGGAUCCCUGAUCAGGACUGAGACUACAGGAGAGAUAACCAUCUCUGCAGUAUCCAAGUCAGAUGAAGGACUCUACAAGUGUACCAACUCUGAAGGAGAAUCACCAGAGAGCUGGAUGACUGUGGCAGAUGGGGGCUCUGGCUCAUCCUCCUCUCCCACCCCGCUCCUCCUCCCUUUGUCUGUCUCUGGGUUGGUGGCUGCUCUCUCCAUCUCUCUGAUCAUUCUACUCGUCCUGUUCUGCAAGAGGAACAAAGAUGUAGCAGCUGAACCCAGAGAUGUUACGUAUGCUGACGUUAGAAUCAUACAGGACCCAGAACCCAGGAGAAGGAGAGAGAAGUCUCCAGGAGCUGAUCCAGUCUACUCUGCAGUGAAGACCUCCAACACCACAGGUGGAUCUGGUCCAGGUGAUUUGACCUAUGCUGACAUCAACCACACAGAGAAAAGACAACACAACAGGAGGAGAGAGAACGUUGUUCCAGACCCUGUCUACUCAGCGAUGAAGACAGACAGACAGAGACACAGGUCAGAAGGUCAUUCCAGACCCUGUGUACUCAGCAGUGAAGACAGACAGACAGAGAUACAGGUCAGAAGGUCAUUCCAGACCCUGUCUACUCAGCAGUGAAGACAGAUAGACAAUGUUUGAUCCAAGUUAAACAAUUUAAAGGCAAUGCUACCAAAUACUAAUUGAGUAAACUUCUGACAAACUGGGUGUCACGACUUCCGCCGAAGCAGCGUUCGGUGGUCGACGUCACCGGCUUUCUAGCCGCCACCGAACUACGUUUCGUCCAUUUGUUUUGUCUUGAUUGGACACACCUGGUUCCCAUUACAUCAUUAUUUAUUCCCUAUUUAACCCUCUGGUUCCAACAUGGUUUUGUUCACUAUUUCUGUGAGCUGGAGUAUUUUCCCUCCGUGGAAUUAUUUUGUGAUUUAUUCGAGUAAAGUCAUUUUCUUACUCAGGUCUGUGUCCUGCACCUGACUCUGUCCUACCUUCUGCACACUGACACUUGACACGGGGAAUGUGAUGAAAGAAAUAAAAGCUGAAAUAAAUCA